CAGAAUUACUACAAGACAACAAAAAUGGAAGAGAAAAGCAAUCUGGAAGAUCUGGACGCUCGUCUUCAGCUUCUCGAAAAACGCGUUUAUGGAGAAAGAGGAGGAAAAAACGGCAAACCAGUGAAGUGUGCAGAAUCCCUCACCCGGAUCAGUGCAGCUCUGGCAAACACUGCCAACAAGAGAGAGCGCGUCAAGAUCCUGCACAAGAAGAUCGAAGAUUUGCUGAAGUAUUUGGACCCCCAGUUCACAGACUUCAUCGCUGUGCCCGAUUCAGUCAAACUGGAGUUUAUUCUAGCUGAGGAAGAGUUUCUGCGUUCACAAGCCGCAUUACUCGAGCAAGUGCAGAAUAUGCAGCCUCUUCUGGACAGUAACCACAUUAAAGCGGUUCCAGAGCUUACUACUAAAGUACAGCGGCUGUCACAAAUACACAUUCAACAGCAGGACCAGAAUGAAGACUUGUCUGCUGAAGUCAAAAGACUCUUUGAAGAGUACAAUAAAAUGAUGUUUCUUCUGUCCAAACAGUUUUCACAGUGGGAUGAAACUCUACGAACGCUGGAAGGACCCAAACAAGUCCAGCAGAUUGAUUAGGACCAUAAUGAUUAUGAUGUCUUUCACUCUACUGACGCGUUUACUUAUUACUGAUGAAGAAAACAGCACUGUCAUUCCCAAACAUGCAUUGGUAAUGUGUUUAAAGUCCGCAUUAAAUCAAAAUUUGCAUUGUUUAUUUUGUUGCCACCACAUUGUCAGUCUUAAGGUGAACAAUGAAUCCGUGCAAAUUAAUCCAUUAAAUUAUUUUGUUUUGGUAAUCUUGAAUCAAAAUCUGACCAUCUGCUUCUGCUUUGGAACAGCCGCAUUUGUAUGAUGACAUCAGGCUGAAUCUGAUUGGGCAGAUCCUACUCAAUAUACAGCUGCAGUUGGAAAUGCUUCAUAAAACUGAAAUAAAACAAAUGCAGAUUUUAGAUGUUUUGAUGACGUCAGGUUGAAUCUGACUCAUUUUUGCUCUUCUAUUUAUUUAGUCCAUCUCUUAUGAUGUGUGUAUGAAGAUGGCUACACUGCAAAGUUUCUCCUAAAAAUACCUUAAGCAAUGAAAUAAAAGUUCGACUGUACUAUAUAA